AUGACGACGGGAGACGACGAAGUCGCCGUUGGCAUUGGCGGUUACGAUUCCGGGACAGUGGCGACAAAGAGGGAACUCGAAAGGACCUCCCGCGACGACCACAGCCGGCGGAAGCAGGAACCGCCGCUCACGAUUUUCUACAACGGAAGGUACCGCGUCUACAACGACGUGACGGAGAUGCAGGCCAGAGCCAUUAUAAUGAUGCUGGCCAGUAGCAGUAGUCAAGAGAUGGCAUCAACGACGGACGACAAAUCGGUGACGAGCCCCGGGGACGAGCAGUCGCAGCGGUGGGCGGCUCCACCGGAAACUCCUCCGGCGGUGGGGUUGUCGAUGAAGAAUCAUUGCAGAGGUUACUUCAGAAACAGAAGGGGCGAGCCCAGGCCGCCGCGGUGGCGCCUUACGCACGCGCCGUCCAUAAGAAGGAGCUUCAGUUUCAAAUCAACUACGGCUUCCAGAUCCUUGCUCCCUGACUGGGAAACCAUUCCCGUUUUGUACAGCCAACGAGUUCGAGUUGGACGGAUUUUGAUUUUCACUUUUCUCCGCAACUGUGCGCUCCAGCAAUUUGCUGCCCAACGCCCUUGUGCGUAG